AUGGUGGAUCAUCAAACCGUUUGCUGCAUGUGCGGUGACGUUGGUUUCCCUGACAAGCUUUUCCGUUGCAACAAAUGCCGCAACCGCUUCCAACACUCGUAUUGUAGCAACUACUACGGAGAACAAGCGGAGAUAGAACAGUGCGAUUGGUGCCAAAGUGAAGGGAAGAAUUCAAGACAUACAGGUUCAAAUUCAAAGAAACCAGUGACGGAGAUCGUUGGAACAACAACGAACCGUUUGGAAUAUCCUGGCGAGAAAAUAAUGAAACAACAUGACCGUGAAGAGAGUGGCUCUGAAAAAGGAAAGAGUCCUUCUCCGUCGCCACGAACCGCCACACGUAGGUACAAGCUUCUCAAGGAUGUAAUGUGUUAG